CUGUUCUCGUUCAUCCUUGGUUGGGUGCAAUCUACUGUCACUCAGAGCGUUGGCUCGCUGGGCUCUGUUCGAGGGGGCGGGCCCUGAUGUCCUGUCCAAUCAGGGGCACGUGGGUGAGAUCUGUCCAAUCCAGCGCAGAGCCCGUGACGAGGGGGCGGAUUUCUGCCAUCUAGCGCCGCUGUUCUCCGGAGCCCGUCAUUCUUCCGGUCCACCUGCAGCUUCGUUGUCCUGUGUCCUGCCGUCCGGUCGCUCUACCACGGAGGCGCUCGGGACCCACAGGAGAGCGCUGCGCUCCCGAUCGCCGGGAAAUGGAACUGUUGACAUUCGGGGAUGUGGUUAUUGAUUUCUCUGAAGAGGAAUGGGAAUGCCUGGAGCCUGCUCAGCAGAAUUUAUACAGAGAUGUGAUGCUGGAGACCUACAGAAACCUGGUCUUCCUGGGCAUGACCUCUCAUCAUACCCAGAAAAUUUCAUCAGAACCUGGCAUAGAAUAUUUAUUUAAAAAAGUUAUAAAGAGAAGAUAUGGAAAUUGUGACCUUGACUAUUUCCAACAAAAGAAAGUAUGUGACAGUGUAGGUGAGAGUGAAGGUCAGAAAUCAUAUUAUAAAGGACAAGACAAAUUAGUAGUGACUGUCCAUAAAGAAAAUUUUAAUGUCAACAGACCUAAAGAACAUUUAAUAGCUCAGAAAAGUAUUCAAUUUAUAACUGAAGGACAAGUUUCUAAAAGGGAUCAUUUUGAAACUGUCCUUGCAAACUGUCCAUUAUUCUGCAAUAAAAAAAGAAUUCUUUCUUGUGACAAAACAUACACCUUUAAUGAUUCUGGGAAGGCACCUAUGCACUCAUUAUUGCCUACUCAAAAUUUAGAUAUCUGGAAAGUAAACAACACAUGUAAUAAAGCAAGCAACACCUUUAGAGAGGUCCCUAUCUUAAGCAAUUACCAGUGUACUUAUAUUGGAGAAAAAAAUUAUAAAUGUGACAAGACACAUAAGAAUUUUAGCUCUGGUUGCAAUAUGAGAGAACAUCAGUGUGCUCAUUGUGCACAGAACCUUUACAAAGAUGAUAAAUGUGGGAACAUCUUUCCUCAAUGCUCAAAGCUUAUGACCCAUCCAAGUACUCAGGGCCAAGAGGCACCUUGCAAAUGUGAGGAAUGUGAGAGAGCUUCUAACCCAGUGGCUAGCCUUCCUCAAUACAGUGGAGCUCAUCCUGGAAGGGAGCCCCCCAAAUUUAAGGAAUGUGUUCAAGCGUGGAGUUGCUCACCCCUUUCUAAAUACCAUAGCAGUGGUCAACACUACCGAUUUAUAGAAUGUGGCCAAACUUUUAAUAGAGAACCAUGCCCUGUUAAUCUCCACACAAUUCAUACUGGAGGGAAACCCUACAAAUGUAGAGAAUGUGGCAAACCCUUUAAGGGUUGUUCAACCUUUUCUAAACACCUGAGAUGGCAUAGCAGUGAGGAAACCUACAAAUGUAAAGACUGUGACAAAAUUUUUAAAAAUUUUUCAACUCUUACUGAACACCAAAGGAUUCAUACUGGAGAGAAGCCCUACAAAUGUAAAGAAUGUGGGAAAUGUUUUAAUCGUAGCUCAAACCUUAUUCUACACCAGAGAAUUCACACUGGAGAGAAGCCCUACAAGUGUGAAGAAUGUGGCAAGUGUUUUACUUUCAGAUCAAACCUUAUUAAACAUCAGAAAGUUCAUACUAGAAAGCAUCCCUACAAAUGUGAAGAGUGUGGGAAAGGUUUUGCUCUCAGAGCACAUCUUACUCAACACCAGAGAAUUCAUACGGGAGAGAAGCCCUACAAAUGUAAAGAAUGUGGCAAAGGUUUUACUCAAACACAAAAGCUUUCUGAACACCAGAGAAUUCAUACAGGAGAGAAGCCCUACAAAUGUAAAGAAUGUGGGAAAGCUUUUACUCAAAGAGCACACCUUACUCGACACCAGAGAAUUCAUACAGGAGACAAACCAUACAAAUGUGAAGAAUGUGGAAAAGGAUUUACCCAAACGCGAAAGCUUACACAGCACCAGAGAAUUCAUACAGGUGAGAAGCCCUACAAAUGCGAAGAAUGUGGGAAAGCUUUUACUCAAAGAGCACACCUUACUCGACACCAGAGAAUUCAUACAGGAGAGAAACCCUAUAAAUGUGAAGAAUGUGGGAAAGCUUUUACUCAAAGAGCACACCUUACCCAACACCAGAAAAUUCAUACUGGAGGGAAGCUCUACAAAUGUAAAGAAUGCAGCAGUGCUUUUAAGGAUGUUUCAUCCUUUACCAAACACCAGAGAAUUCAUGCAGGAGACAAGGAAAGUCCCAAUCAUAGCACCCCAGAACACCUGCUAGAUUUCCUGCACAUGCUACAAGUACCCAGAGUACUAAAUUGGAAUGUAUUUCCCUAGCAGCUAAGCACACUCUUAUCUCCUUCCAAUGGCAAAGCUCUGCAGGGCUCUGAGUCAGAGUGCAGGGAGUUUUUCCUUCCUACCUUCCUUCCCUCCUCCCCUCCUCCCCUUCCUUCCCUUCCUUUCCUUCCUUCUCUUCCUUCCUU